UUGUUUUCGAUGGAUUUGAUGAAUAUAAGCACAAGAGAAAAAUACACGGAAAUUGUGAAUGCCGGUUUCCUAAUGACGCAAAAGCCCAGAUGCCCGUACAUGCCUUGGUCAGCAAACUCAUUCAAAAGAAGAUCUUAGCUGAAUCUACUAUCAUGGUUACCUCAAGACCAGGGAAAGCCAACGAUUUGUACCAAAACAUCCCCUUCGACCAGUAUGUAGAGAUAACCGGCUUCUCAGAGUCGCAGAUCAUUGAAUAUGUUGAAAAGUAUUUCAACUCGAGACCUGAAGAAGCGAUGACAGAAGAAAAAAAGAAGAAGGCAAUCGAUAAAUUCAAAGGAACGGAGCACUACAUGGCAUUUGGUCGCGUCCCUCUCAGAUGCUUCUUGAUGUGCCCUGUCAUCGAGUGGGAAAUCAAAACUAGCAGUCAACAUUCAGGUCCUGUCACCCUUACAGAGUUUUACCAUGACGUCAUUCAUUGUUUAGAAAGACAUAAUCGAGAAAGACGUGACGAGGAAGACAGUGAGAAAUCGGUGGAUGUUACUCUCAAAAAUCUUUCAAAACUUGCUGCAGUUUUAGACGAAGAAGAUAGAUACAGUUUCUCUUUAGAAGACUUAGAUAAGCUAGAAUUGACGGAAAAGGAACUGAUUUAUAUCCAAUCCAGCAAUCUUGUGUAUUGCUGUCCCGUCGUCAGUAAUAAAUCUAAAUACCGUGAAACACAUAUUGAAUAUUGUUUUGCCCAUUUGACCAUUCAAGAGUUCCUUGUUGCUUGGAAUUUGGUGUCGGAGAAGAAGAUGCCGGCAAUAGAAUCAUCAUCUGAAAUGGUGUACAUAUUCAUGAGUGGUUUGUUGGGUUUACGCAAGAAUGACAGAUUAAUGAUGAUAUUACUAGAGUGCGUAGGUAAAGUGCAGUCUUUAUCUACUAGGAUACCUAUAUAUAGACAAAGACUCUUAUCAUUACGAUGUCUGUACGAAUAUGGCCAAGACAGCGAAUUGACAACAAGAGUUCUAACCACAAAUCUUCACAACAGAUUCUGGAGGAUAAGUCGACAAAUUGAUUUAAGASACCUAACUGACACAGACUGUAGUGCAGUGGCAAUGUUAAUAAAUAAAGUGAAUGCUCUACCACACUCUGUUACACCACCAGWCACUUUAAAUAUUAMUGCGUCAACGUUAACUAGUUCUAGUUUACAAGCGUUGUUACCACCUCUCACUAAAGCAACGUGCAGUAUCACCACACUAGAACUAGAUGAUCAAUUAGACGAUCAGUGUGCAUACUGUUUGGGUCAACACUUGCCAAAUACCAAGGUAACCGAACUAUGGCUCUCUCGGAAUGAGAUAACUGAUGUUGGUGUGAAAGGACUAGUGAGUCAGUGUCCCAGUAGAUUAACUAAGUUAUACCUGAAUGAUAAUGCAAUAACCGACAUGGGUUUUCAGCACCUGGUCCAUAGCUGGCCAAAAAACCUGACUACGCUACAACUGAAARACAACAAAGUUACUGAUGUUGGUGUUGAAUACCUGACGAACCACUGUCCCAGUAGUCUAACCGAUAUAGACCUAUUUAGAAAUCAAAUAACUGAUAUCGGUGUGAAAUUCCUUGCAAACCGAUGUCCAAGUAACCUUACGGAGCUAGGCCUUUCUGGAAAUAAAAUAACCAAUGUUGGCGUAGAGUACAUCGUUAGUCACUGUCCCAGUCAACUGACUGUUCUGCGCCUGCUGCGAAGUGAAUUUAUAUCUGAUGAAUGUAGAGAGAAAUCCUAUCUAUUUUGUAAGAAUACCUAUCCUCGCCUUUUCCUCGACAUUCUAGAGAAUGAACGCAUUCUAGAGACUGAACAUUACUGAGUGGCAAGGCUGCCUUUCCGUAUAGAGUGCAUCAUGCCUCGACGACAUUCGAUCAGGGAAGCCAAAGCAAGUACAUUUUCAAAUUAAGGAAAAYUCAAGCAAGUAGAGAAAUGAACAACCUGGUCCAUCAAUUUCUAAUGGUAAUAGCAAAGUUCUUUUUUAAGAGAAAGCGAAUCCAAUAUUGCAUGAAAACUUUUCGUUUUUUAUUUUUUUUUAUUUUAAUUAAAUCUUAUUUACAUCUAAUGGCAUUAAAAAGUUAUAAUAAAAUAAAACAAUAAAACG